AUGGACGAUCCUAGUUCUUCCACAUCCCAGUCAUUAAAUAGGACGUUGGAUGGGACAAUAACGAGUGCUCCAAAAGGAAAAGCAGUUUAUUUGCUUCAUUCAAAUGUGAAAAUCUUUGCGAGUGCUAUUGCUGCUUUAAGCAAGCUGGGCGACGAGAUCUAUCUCCAACCCCAAGAGCGUGGACUUCGCCUAAAAGCUUUUAAUAAGAAUCGCUCAGCUUAUGGUGUUUUUCUCUUCAUGGAUGACUUUUUCACUGAUUUCGAUACGAAAUUUGUCAAGGGAGGAGUCCGAGAUUGUCGCAUAUCGACAAAGGCAAUUGUCACAUUUGCUCGUCAGAAUUUCUGUGAUGUUAGCCUGUUUUUCGACAGGGCUGGCAGCCCAAUUAUCGUAGCAGUUGAAAGUGAUGCUGGUUUCUCAGCUGAAUUUAUCAUAGCUACUUUGGAUGGGGAGGAUCAGAGAGAUGAGGAUGCAUUCCCAGAAGUGACACAGGAAAUCAAGAAAGCGAAACUGUCGAAUGAAGGAGCAGACUCUACACCUUCUCAUUCUCGGCCAAAUUCUAUGGAUGAAGACACGGGUGUUCCAUAUGGAAAUAAUGAAGAGUUACAAAGAAAUUCCAGUGAAGAGGAACUUGCAGAAAUGCUAAAACCGACACAGCCUAGCGGAAAUCCAUUGAUGAGCGACACACCAAUGGAAAGCGAUGAUCAAAAUUUGGAUCGGCUCUCUCUAGACGACAAUGAUUUGGAAGAGCCCAAUCCAGAUGACCAAGCCUUGGCCGAUAUAAAUCCCAUAGAUGGCUUUGAACAAGAGUUGCCAUGUGCGGGAACAAUCGUAGAACCAGCUAAUGAAGCAAAAACGUCGGAACAAGGAGAUGUAAGAGCGAAUGUCCACAACACCCCGGAAGUGAAUGUUAAGGUUGGUCUCGAUCGAUUCAUGUAG